CCUCUAUCACCGCCUCUGUUCUCUCUUUCUUCUCUCUUUCUUCUCUACUUGCUAUAGCUUGCCGUCCGCCCAUCCGGACUAUACCCAUCUGACUGCCCAGCUGUCACCCAGACCCACAGCCCAGGCCCGCCGCCGAGGUACACCUCUUCAAGGCACCCUUAACGCAUCGACACGCCGCAGCGCCCCUUUCGGUGGCAACUUGAAUCUCACUACUUUCAAGCAUCUUUCCCCAUAUAUCAUACAAUAUGUCGACAUAUUCGCAAACGAAUCCCAACAACCCUCAUGCCGACCCCGAGCUCUUCUAUGUGCGUCAGAACCGUAUAGGCAAGGGCAGUUUCGGUGAAGUAUACAAAGGCUACGACAAGCGCACCUCUCUCCCCGUCGCCAUCAAGAUUAUCGACCUUGAAAGCGCAGAAGACGAGAUUGAUGAUAUCCAGCAAGAGAUCCAGAUUCUGGGACAGCUGGAUAGUGACUUUGUGACGAGGUAUCAUGGAUCGUACCUCAAGGGGUCGCAUUUGUGGAUCAUCAUGGAGUAUUGUUCGGGUGGCUCCUGUUCGGACUUGAUGAAAGCUGGAGUUUUCAGAGAGGAGUAUAUCGCCAUUCUGGCGAGGGAAUUGCUGAGAGGUUUAGAUUACCUGCACGAAGAGGGCAAGCUUCAUAGAGACAUCAAAGCCGCCAACAUUCUGCUCACUGCCAACGGCGAUGUUAAGCUGGCCGAUUUCGGUGUCUCCGGACAGCUUACUGCGACUAUGACUAAGAAAAACACGUUUGUCGGUACACCAUAUUGGAUGUCUCCCGAGGUCAUCAAGCAGUCCGGGUACGACCACAAGGCCGAUAUCUGGAGUUUGGGUAUCACAUGUAUCGAAAUGGCCAUGGGCGAGCCUCCAUAUGCCGACCUUCACCCCAUGAAGGUGCUCUUCCUCAUCCCCAAGAACCCGCCUCCUCAGCUGGACGAGCGAUUCUCCCGACCAUUCCGUGACUUUGUCUCUCUCUGUCUCCAACGGGACCCUCGCAACCGACCCACGGCCAAAGAUCUUUUGAAGCACAAGUUUAUCAAGACUGCCAGGAAGGCCUCGUACUUGACCGAGCUGGUUGAGAGAUACGAACAGUGGAAGGCCGAAGGUGGAGCCAAACCUUCGGAUGACGGAUCUGGUGGGAUGUCACAGGAGCCUGGCUAUGGACCUGCUGCUGAUGCUCUCUGGGACUUUGGCACUGUACGCAACAACCUCCCCGGAACCGUUUCUCGAGCCGCCGGGCGCACCGUUCCUCCCACCGCUUCCCUUUCCGGUACGCCCCAGACUCAAAACACCUCUACUCCAACCAAGUCCACCCAUUCUGCCACGCCCACCCGCUCACAGACUGAACAAUCUCUGCCGCCCUCCAUGAGCGGCCGCGCCUUACCCCCAACACCGUCUAGAGGCAACCCUUCUUACAACAACGGCACCCCCAACUCUGUCAUCUCGGGGCAUAGCCAGGGGAGCGCUACGCCCACGGGGACAAGGGCGGAGGGUGGGGAUGUGAUGUAUCCGACGGUCAGAGGGGCGGUUAUCCCUCCCGGUGCGUCGGUGCCUGUUGCGGGGCAGCCACAACCUCAAGCUCAAGCUCAACAGCAACAGCACAUUGAUGAUGAAGGAGACGAGGAAGUGAUGCUCGAGGGCGUGAUCAUUCCUGCUAUCAGCAACCUGGCUACUCGGGUCCCCAACGACUAUGCUCGAGCUACCCUUGCUCGUUUGCGAGAAGCCUUCAUCGAAGCCGAGAGGUCUAUUCCUGGAGUCACUUCGGCGUUUGUACUAGAGAUUGUCGAAAAUGUUGAACAGGUUGAAGAGCACUGAUAACGAAAUUAUAUGGUAGAUAUCGAGCUGUUCAGUCGCGAGGGGGGCGAAGGUGUCGUUAUUGUAUAUACAUCAUUAUCAACGAUUUUGUGAUGGUUGGGUUGCGGGAAAACGAGCAUCUUGUUACACCUAUCGUUGUGUAGCAUUGAUGUCUCUCGGUCGGCACCACGGUCCUUGGUACAUGCGCACGGUAUCUAACCCUAGUGAAGGCAUUUGACCACAAAUGUGCUCUGCUGCAGCUGCUCAUUUAAUGAAGGCAAGUC